AUGUUUUAUUUCCACAGUAUGUUCCCCGCGCAGACUCAUGCCGGCAUGGCAGUGUCUGGUUCGAUCGGCGUAGAGCAAGAGCUGCAGGUUAAGCUGUUAGCCGCGUCUCAUCGUCUCCCUCUCUCCAUCUCUUCCCCCUUCCUCGUCUUCAGGGACAUUGCACGAAGACUCAUGCCAGCGUGGCAAAACCUAGCGGAGCAAGAGCUGCAGGUUUCCACCAUUGGCUGCCGCGUCCCAUCAUCUCUCUCUUCCAACCCCCCUUCCCUCCUCCCCAGGGACAUUGCACUAAGGCUCAUGCCAGCGUGGCAGCACCUAGCGGAGCAAGAGCUGCAGGUUACCACCAUCUCGGGCGGCAUCACCAACCUGAUAUUUAAAGUGGAGCAAGCUAAUCAAAGCAAGCAGGCGAAGGAAGGAAAAGAAAAAGAGCAAAACGGGGAGGCAUCAUCCAAGAAAAGCGGAGAGGGCAGCAGCCAAUCAGAGGCGAUCACUGUGCGCAUAUACGGGCCAGAUACGGACAAAAUCAUCAACCGGAGCAGAGAAUGGGAGGCACUCAGGGCGCUGUCAACAGCAAACUUUGGGCCUCGCCUCAUAGGGAGCUUCACCAAUGGAACCGUGCAGACGUACCUGCCUGGCCGCACGCUCACUCCACCCGAGAUGUGCACCCCGCCACUGUCACACCUGAUAGCGGCACAGCUGCACCGCCUGCACCAUCUGGACGUGCCUCUGGGGACAGAGGAGGAGCGGAAAGAGGGGCACCUGUGGCAUGCUCUCUUUGACAUGCUGCACACUGCCGAAAAGCUUAAAUAUGACGACCCGAAGCUGCAGACCCGGUUUGACUCCAUUGACUUUGCCAAGCUGAGAAGCGAGAUACAAGAAGCAAAGGAGCUGACGGACCGACUCCACUCACCCAUUGUCUUUGCCCACAACGACCUCCUCGCUUACAACCUGCUGCUGGACGAAUCGCAACCCGGUGCCCCUGUGAUGCACAUGAUUGACUUCGAAUACGCAGCAUACAACCCCCGGGGCUACGACAUUGCAAACCACUUCUGUGAAUACGCCGGCUUUGAGUGCGAGUACUCAAGAUUUCCCUCCAAGGCCCACCAGCACGACUUCUUUCGUCACUACCUGCACCCCAACGCUCCUGAGAAGGCUUCUCAGGAGGAUCUGGACAGGUUGUAUCUGGAGGUGAACGCGUUCACCCUCGCCUCACACUUCUUCUGGUGCCUCUGGUCCCUCAUUCAGUCCAAGUAUUCAGCCAUUGAUUUUGACUACAUGGACUACUUUUUUGUUCGUUACGGCGUGUAUCAAAAGAGAAAGGAGGAGGAUGUCGCACUUGUAGAGGCGUACCUCAGCAAUCAAAAGCUGCAAACCAGCAGUGGUUUGAUCACCUGA